AUGAGACCUAUCAGACCAUCUACAACCGUUCAGAUUUCUAACAAAAAAGAAGAUAAGAGAAGUCAGCGUCUCAUACAGAUGAGAGCUCGCCAGCAAGCGUUGAGACAGAAAAGAGCCGAUGCUUCUUCCGAUCUUGAAAACUUACAAUCCAUUGUUAGUGAUGUUGCUUUCAGAACUCAUAAAUUAACUAAUCGUCAAAUGCAACUCAUUUUAGACCUUGUACCUUUCAAAAUUGACGACGACCAACUUGUGGAUCUUAGAAAGUUCACAAGUCAAAGAAUUUCCAGAGAUGAAGAAUUUAUAACCAAAAUUGAAGACAUGCUAGUGGAAAUAUGUAAGAAAAUCACUCAUUGUUAUCAUCUAUUCUUGAAUUUGAAGGAAGAAACCCCCAUUCCCAACAACAGUUUGUGUCACAUCGGUGUUUAUGGCCCUACCUUUUUAUCUCCAUAUGUGAAUCAUUUGAAAUUAGUCUCUCAAGGGAAACAUGUCCCAAAAGAUUGGCUCGAAUUUGAUUUACUUCCCCCAGGUACUAUGAAUAUCUUGGAGGCUUUGGUUUAUAUCCAAGAGAAUUUGGAUUUGAAUAGAACCAAUCUUGACCUUUUUAUGUUACUUAUAGGGAAAAACAUUCGAGCCACUCCAUAUGGUCCAGUAUUUACACAAAAGGCCUUGGCUGCUGCUAUUGAAACAUCGUAUAACCCUAAACUAGAUGCUGAUUUUUUCUUGGAUUCUUUGGGAACAGAAUUUUGUUUACUUCAGGAAGGUUCCAGACUGGAGAUGGUUAGAGUAACAUGGGGAAUGGAGACGGUUCUGACCUAA